CAGUCGAAAGAGAAGGACAUCAGAAGAAGAAGCGUUUUGAAAUUCUUCAAAUUUAUCCUCAAAAAUUAUGGAAUCAGAAGGCCUUCACGUGAAUAUUGACUACGUUGGAAGUAGUGGGGUUGUUCUCAGUACAGAACAGAAGGCAGCUUUGCAGUCUUCGUUGGUUAUUUUGAAAAAUAACUACAAGUUUGCUCGGGUCCUAUUUUGGGGGAAGAUUCUUGGAGUGAAAAAUGAUUACUUUAUCGUUCAAGGAAUUGGAAAAGACGAUUUAAAAGAAAAGAAAUCCCUAUACAGUCAAGAUUGUAUACACUGGGGUAUGCUUCCAGUAGUAACAGCAAGAAUGAGAAAUGAGUGUUCGUUUGUUAAGGGUCGAUUCACAGGGGAUCCUUCCUAUGAGUAUGAACACACUGAAGCAGUUAAAAUGAGCAAUCAAGAUGCAGAGAAAGCUGAAGGAGGCGAAGAAGAAAAUACUAUAUUGAUAAAAGAGGAAGACAGACUAGCUACAGUAAUAGAAGCAAUUGACUAUGAUGUCAGGAUUGUACCAAGGGGAGCUUACAUCAGGACAGCAACAGGAUCAGUACUGCAGAACCGUUGUUUUGAGGGACUCUCAGUUGCUGAUGGUGGCAAGUUAUCAUCUUACUUUCAUUUUCGAGAUCCAGUAAUUUUCAUGAAGAAAAGUUUACUUCAAAAGGCAGAGCUUGACAAAGCAAUUGACUUUGUGGACCCUAUUGACACUGACGUUCCUAAAGGAGGCUCGUGGAGCAUCCAGUUUGAGAGAGGCAGUGGUCUGGUCACAUUACGGAGCCUCCAUUGGCUUGGCUUCUCAUUUUACCAUGUACCAGGAACUAGAAAAUAUGGCUCUGUAUACGUUGGGACUGGCAACAAGAACCUGGAUUUGCCUUUUAUGUUGUAAAAUAUACUUUAUCUUUUUAAAUGUCUUAAGUCAGUUUUAUACCCCUAUCAAUCCAAACUGAAGAUAAAUCACACCACCAGAACAAAAUUUGCCAUAGUCUAAAUUAGCAAAAAUGUGGUUAAUUUAUUUUAACAUCAAGAUUGUGAUUAUAAUACUUUCUUCAACACUUCUGUACGUAUGUAUAAGUCUUGUUAUGCUUUGAAUGAAAAGUAAAUUAUAGCAAUAAAAUGGUGAAGAUAUCAGAUCGAAGUAUCUGAUGUUAUUA